AUCAAACGCGAGACUAGCGCGAAGUGGCAGUGCGCGGUCUGUCUAUGGCAAUUGGACACUUUCUGAGCCAUAACUAUGCUUAACAGUUCAUCUUCUCGUUCGUGGAUGUAUGUCAUUGUCUCAAAGCGUGUUUAUUUAAUUUAACUGUAUUCAUUUUUGUUUAAUUGGAAGCUAGCAUGUGUCUUGGUUCACCCGGAUCGCAGAGGUGCCACCGGGAGUGAGGAGGGCAACAUGCGCCGCUGGGAAAUGCUUUUACACCGGGAGAUUUAUGGAAUAUAGCCCGGUUUGCCACAGCUUCUGGUCGAGCCCCGUGAAGAAGAAGCUCCUUUUGCUCAGCAUCAUGUUUUUAAUCUGGGUUUACAUGCUGUACUCCUGUGUGGGCUACUGUUCCACCAUGCCAAGUUUGGUGGUGGACAGUUACCGGGGCAAGGAGAGCGCUUCGCUGGGCAAGAGGGGCACAGAGAGCGGGGGUCUUGUGUCCAGACUUUUAGCCAAACCUCAACCAUGGGAGGAUAUUGAGUCGGACUAUGAGGAACCAUCCAUACGGACAGCAUCUAGAGACCUUCUGGACACUGAUCGGACUGAGGACUGGGACGAGCCGAGGAGCUUAGGGGGUUUGGGGGGGAGAGGAGCCGCCGCGGAGCCCAGCGCGAUGUCCAGCUUCUCCUCCGGGGCUGGGAGCAAGAAGCUGCCCCAGGCCAUUAUCAUCGGGGUGAAGAAAGGAGGUACCCGGGCUUUGCUGGAGUUUCUGCGGGUGCAUCCGGACAUCAGAGCCGUGGGAGCGGAGCCGCACUUCUUCGAUCGCAACUACGAGAACGGACUGGAGUGGUACAGAGAGCUGAUGCCCAAGACUCUAGAGGGCCAGAUCACCAUGGAGAAGACCCCCAGCUAUUUCGUCACCAGAGAAGCUCCCGCCCGGAUCUCCGCCAUGUCCCGGGACACCAAACUCAUCGUGGUGGUUCGGGACCCGGUGACCAGAGCCAUCUCGGACUACACGCAGACUCUGUCCAAAAAGCCCGACAUCCCGUCUUUCGAGAGCCUCACCUUCAAAAACAGGACUACGGGCCUGAUCGAUACCUCGUGGAGCGCCGUGCAGAUAGGGAUUUACGCCAAGCACCUGGACAACUGGCUGCAGCACUUCCCCAUGGAGCAGCUGCUGUUCGUGAGCGGGGAGAGGCUGAUCAGCGACCCGGCCGGAGAGCUGGGCCGCGUGCAGGACUUUCUGGGACUCAAACGCAUCAUAACAGACAAACACUUUUACUUUAACCAGACCAAGGGCUUCCCGUGUCUGAAGAAGGCCGAGGGCAGCAGCAAACCCCACUGCCUGGGCAAGACCAAAGGGCGCACCCACCCGAACAUAGACCCCGAGGUGGUGCAGAGGCUACGGGACUUCUACAGACCCUUCAACCUCAAGUUCUAUCAGAUGACCGGACAGAACUUUGGGUGGGAUUGAUGUGAAAUCACCGGACUACUUUUUACAUUUUUUUUCUGUUAAACCAUGGCAAAAUGUGGAAAUAUUGCUAUAUAUAUGUAAAAUGUACAGAAAUCUAUUUUAUAAUAAUUUAUUUUUUAUUUCUAAGCAAUUAAUUCACUAAGCUGCCUAACCAUAUUUGUACAUAACAUCCGGCCCUUGUGUCUUGUUUUGAAACAUUCCUCCAUUUUGUAUUGUCGUGGUCCUCUCUUGUUGUCCUGUCAACUCAGUGAAUUAAAUGGUGCUUUUUAAAAAUGCAGAUAAUCAGCUCAGACUGAAGGUAUAAUGUAAAGCAUCAUAUUACGGGUACAGAGCGCCCUCAGAGGAGUCCAUACAUGUGCGCUUUGACUUGAUCAUAUCCUCAUCACAUUACGCUAAGUGCAUCUUUUUAAAGCAUUUCACAUCUACACCGUCUCCAUCUUCCCUCACUACGAGCAUCCGUGUCUGUCCACUCAAUCGUAGGUAGAUCAAUAGCCCUAAUUGAUUCUCAUUGUGUCACUUCUGUUUAAAGUAUACAACGUCCCUCUCAUUCUAAGUGCUCCAACUGCCCGCUCCGAUGAACCGCCCAUCCAUCAUGCUCUGAAUCCUAUCCGCGUCUCCGUACGAGUCCUGUUAGCGCUAUGCUAAUCUCAUAAAGGUAACUGGCUGAUCGAUACCGCCCUGUUAGCUUACUCCCCAUUAGGUCUAUAGUGCUGGCUCAGAUCCAGGCUCAUGCCCUUUCUCCGGAGUUCAAAGGUCACACAAAGUCAGAAUCACAUUUUGCUGAUAGCCAUUUCAUUUAGUGCAAGUAUUUAAAGCUGUUCCCUUUUAAUCUAAUUCCACCACAGAUGUCCUCUCAUCCUGUGUGUGGAGAUAAGAAAUUCCCUUAAAGGCCCACUACACUGAACUAAGGUUAAAUCGUUUUGUCAGUUGCAGAGGUUUGUGUACCUUUUUCUGGUUACCUCUGCAGAUGCAUGCAGCCCCACCAGCCGCUAGGGGGCCGUUACAAAAAAUAUUACUUAAACUACUGUAGCUUUUACUCUAAAUUGUCAAAUAUAUAUUCAGUUAGACAUUAGAUGGCCCAUAUUUUGCUGCUUGCUGAUAUUUGUUAUAAUGUUUCCUCAUCACGAACCUGGAGUUGUGUUUUUUUUCAUUCACGCAUGUUUAACACCCAACAUUUGGAUCAUUUCAGUCACAGGACAUGACAUCACAAGGUGGAACAAAGCCUUUUGAGCUUUGGGGAUGCAGACAGCUCAAUAAUACAGGGUUACUCAAACAUGUGAAUGAAACAAAACACAACUCCAGGUAUGUUUUUGAGGCACUAACUGCAUUAUAACAUGACUAAAAGCUCACAAGAGUCAAUUUUGCGUUGCAUAGAACCUUUGAAAGGAAUUAGGAUGUCUAAUAUUUCACAAACGAAGAGCCCCUCAAAAAACAUAUUGCGCUGCCCCCUCCCAAAAAGCUAGAAAUGGCCCUGGUUCUUUGCUCACUUUGGCAUCACAACCUAACACCCAAUGUUUACAACUUGGAAAAUUAGUUCUUGUCUACUACAUUCAAUCCAUGUUUCACCACAAGUCUAAAUGUGCGACCUACCAGAGCGUAAUACCAAUGCAAGCUUACAAGGGAUUUGGAGAAACACAGUAGUCCGCCAUGUCAGUUGUCAAGAUUAAAGAUAAGCUUACGUUCGUAGUUAUUGCAAAUUUCGCCCCCUAUUGCCACUCCAUACCCAUAAUGCCUUAUUGCCUGUCAUUAGACCACAUCUCAUCCUCCUCCUAUACAUUUCAAAUCUUUACGUGUUGCCAAAAAAAGUCAGAAACUCCCGAUCUCCGUGUAUUCACUCACGCAUCGCUUCAUUGUGUGUUGUUAUCUUUCUACUUGAAUUCUUGAUAUGCAAGACAGAGAAAACGCGUAGUUAUCCAGACUUGUUAAAAGGGCGCUAUACUGAGCUAUGCAUCUCUAAUCGGGAUCAUGGAAAGGGAUUUUUAAAUAGGUUGGUUUUUGAUUGAAUGUACACCAUUGCUACCACAAAUCACUGUUCAGUUCAAGUUCUUUUUUUAAUAUGGGAAAAUGUUGUGCCUCUUUCACCGUUCAGCCAAACACUUCACAGAGUCAGCCAUUUUGUUGUUGCUUUCAAGUUGGAUCCAUUGACUGGGUUAACCUCAAACCAAUGUGUGACAUUCGGGGUAAUGGGGGCUUGGCGCGUUGUACUUCCAAUUAGUUUUGUAGCCGAAAGCCUCCAUCGCCUCCUAUUGACCUUAUUCCGGAAGUUGCCGUGGGCACCGCCAUUGGGAUUCGGGUUGUAGUAUGAUUUUGCAAGGGGCUGCCGAUUUUGACAGUAAAUAACUUCUAUAGGGACUACAAAGCCGUUUUAAAGCCUCCCAGAGAAUUGGUUACACAAACGUACUUUACAUUACAUUCUGGGAUUCCCGCUUAACCGGAAGCCGCAAAGAAAGCGCGGUUUGGUAGCAGUUAGAGGCGAGAGUGGGCGGGACGGAAUAAGGUCAAUACUUAAGUGCAAUGUUUGAAUCGGAUUAAGCAUUUAUGAUGGUCUGUACCUAAAUCCACAAACCGUUCUCAAGAUUCCAGAGUUAGGAGGCAAAAUCGAUAAAAUACAGAAUUGUGCACUCAUGGGAUUACUCCAUGUUGCUGCUUCUGUUACGGUUGAGUUUUAUUCAGCCAUUUAAGAUCUAAAACAUGAGAAGAUGUUUGUCUUACCUGCAUAUAAUAUGUAUUUAGCCUAGCAGAUCGGUAUGUACAAAAGAGGACGUGUAAAUCAAGUAUUUUGUGGUAUGUUCAUCAAAGGAAUUAAUUUUACACAAUGCAAGAGUGAAAUGGGAGAGAUGUUUCUAGAUGAUUAAAUACUGAACAUUCAUAAUAUUUCUUUGUAUGAAGAAAUAAAUAAAAGUAUAUAUUUUACC